GGCGGGCCGCCUCCGGAGGAGGAGAUGCCCGAGCUGUCCGACGGCGACGAAGCCUGGGAGGAGGAGGAAGAGGAGGAGGAGGGGGCCGCAGAGGGCUUGCAGACUCGCUGCCUUUUCUGCGACAGAUUGUUUAGUUCUGCUGAAGAUGUAUUCUCCCACUGUAGAGUAGAGCAUCAGUUUAAUGUUGCUGAUGUGAUCAGUAAGAACGGACUUGAUUUUUAUGGAUACAUUAAACUAAUAAACUUUGUUAGAUUGAAGAAACCAACUGCAGCAUAUUUGAAUUCACUCAGCAGCCCACUGCCUUGGGAAGGAGAAGAAUAUUUGAAACCAGAGCUAGAUGAUGAUCUCCUACUUCAGUUUGAUAUAGAAGAUCUUUGUGAACCUGCAAGUGUUUCGUGUUCUAAUGGGUUAGAUGAUACCACAGUGCUCCUUGAAAAACUAAAACAUGCGGAAUACAGAGCUAAGCUUGCAGAAGCAGCCUUGGUUAGAGCACAGGAUGAUCUUCAAAAAAUGAAGCAAUUUGCACAGGAUUUUGUGAUGAAUGCAGAUGUCAAAAGCAGCUCGUCAUUCAACAGCAUUGCAGACCUUCAUGAGGAUGAGGAUGGCGUUUACUUCAGCUCAUAUGGGCAUUAUGGGAUACAUGAAGAGAUGCUGAAGGUUAGAAAGAUAAAGUGCGUACAGAAAGCUAUCGUGACUUCAUAUAUCAAAACCCACAUCUCUUCAAGGACAAGGUUAAAUAAACUUGAAAAUAUCAUUACAUUAGUCAAAGGAAGAAUUGAAGAAGUAGAUCUGCCUUUGGAAAAAGUGGAUGUAAUUAUAUCUGAGUGGAUGGGUUAUUUCCUUCUCUUUGAAUCUAUGCUGGAUUCGGUCAUUUAUGCAAAGGACAAGUACCUGGCAGAGGGAGGCUCAGUUUAUCCUGACACAUGCACCAUUAGUCUAGUCGCUGUGGGGGAUAUGAAUAAACAUGUGGAUAAGCUAGUUUUCUGGGAAGAUGUGUAUGGCUUUGAUAUGUCUUGCAUGAAAAAGGCGGUAAUUCCAGAAGCUGUUGUGGAGGUGCUGGAUCCAAACACAGUUAUAUCUGCAGCCAGUGUCAUUAAGCGUAUCAACUGUAAUGCUGCAUCCAUUCCAGAUUUAGAAUUCUCUGAGGAAUUCACUCUACGAAUUACGACCAGCACAAGGUGUACGGCAGUUGCUGGUUAUUUUGAUAUAUUUUUUGAGAAGGACUGUCACAACAAGGUCUUGUUUUCAACUGGUCCCUGGUGUACCAAAACACACUGGAAACAAACAGUUUUUCUCCUGGAGAAACCAAUUCCUGUAGAAGCAGGAGAGGCCCUGAGAGGAAAGAUUACAGUCCGCAGGAACAGAAAGGAUCCACGAUCCCUUUUUAUAACCCUCUCAGUGAAGGAUGCAAAACAGACCUACAGCCUUCAGUGAAAACACUGUGCAUGUAACUUUGAGAAAUGUCGUAUUUAGAGGUUUGAUGUAAUGGUUGAUAACUUUUCUAAAUACACAAAAAUAGUAAACACUUGGGUUGACAUAUAUGUGUGCAUACGAAUAUGAAAAGUCUAGAAUUGAGAGAUUACUCUUUGGAUGCUUUUUCAGUGGGAUACAGAGACUGAUGACAAAACUAGAUUCUGCUGUGUUUCACAUGGUAGGGGGAAAGAAGGAAAAGCUGGUUUGGGGUUAGAUGAAUCUGCUGGGGAUGAGAGGAUCAGAGUAGUCUUGCUCUGAGGAAUAAUAAAAUUGAUCUCUACUUUAUGUUAACUGAAUAUUGUUUUAUUCUCUAUCUGGUAAAUGUUACCAUUACAGAGAUCCUUGGACAAUUCCUUAGCAAAAAAAAAAAUUAAAGUUAAAAGAUGUGCCAACACAACUUAAGAGUAGUUAGAAAAUCGCAGUGGAAGUAAAUUUGGAAUUCACACUGCAGGAUUACAGCAGCAAAGACUUUAUUUUUAUAACAUUUUUAUAACUAAAAUGUUGUAUCACAUUUCAAUUAUAUUCAUCUAAAUAAAUGAUCCUUGUAUGCUGUAUAAUGCAGUUGGCUGGAUUUUUUUUUCUAUUUAAUUGAAGAUUGUUUCAUCUGUCCCAUGAUGGCUCAUUUAUCUGUGGCUACGGUUUUUUUCUGUACUAGUCUGUUGGAAAAAAGAUGGAUGCAAGUGUAUAUUUCAGCAAUUUUAGGAAGAAAACUAUUAGUAAACAGCAGUGGUUGCUCCAACAGUGAAUUUGGUUUGGCUCCUUACAGAAACUAAUUAUGAGCAGUCAAGGAUUGAUGUGUGUGUCCUGAUGUUUAAACACAUUAAACUGAAUAGAAUUUGAUAUGUGUAACAUUAUGCAGUUAAUGUGCUUGUAUUGUACAAAUAUAUUUGUGUUGAAAAUUGUUUCAAAUAUAAUGUUAACAAGCAAAGAAGGGAGUGCUUGCCAGUAACCUCUGAACUUUUGUUAAAAUAAUGUGUUAAAACUUCUACCAAAAGAAGAUAUGAGUGAUGUACAUGUCAAAAAGCCAUGGUAGAAGACUGUCUGAAGAUACCCUUUUACCCACACCCACAGGUUGACAUGCAGAUGAAUGAUGAAGGUUGAUGGAGGACAAGCUCUGUCCUUUUUUUUUUUUUUUUUUGCUUCGAGGAAACCGCAGGUCAAAAGAACUUAAAUACCAUCCAUUAGAGAAAGUAUAGCAAAACUUUCUGAAUUCAGAGCACAGCAAAGUAAAAAAACUAACUAAAAUGUAGUUGGGAAGACCUUUUUUUUAAAGGAUUAAAAACUGAGAAGGAAAUUCCUUCCCUUGGAAUCUGCUCAACAAAGUUUGCAUAAUUGUGUAUUGUAUAAUGGGAUUAAAUACUUUAUUCUUCUGCCUGUAACUGAAGAUUAGUAGUAUGUUUUCAAUGAUGAAUAAACUAUUUUUUUUUACCCUCCUUCCCAA